UAGGAAUUUUUCUAUGGAGGCUCAAAAAGCAUCAGAACCAAAGAUUUUAUCAAGACCACAAAAAAUAUUUUAUGGAGUCGGUCAUAUUUUUAAUGAUUUAUGUGCAAAUUGCUGGUUUAGUUAUGUGUUGAUUUACAUGACCAAGGUGGCUGGUUUGUCAGAAUCUAAUGCUGGACUAGUUCUUUUGAUUGGUCAGUUAGCAGACGCGUUAUUCACGUUGAUUAUUGGUUACAGUUGUGAUAAAACAAAACUUACAUGGUAUGGUAAACGAAAAUUUUGGCAUGGUGUUGGAACGAUCUGCGUGUUGGCCAGUUUCCCGUUUGUGUUUAACUUAUGCAUAUCGUGCAACAACGCAUCAGAAAUGACGAAAUUGAUAUAUUACUCUGGCUUUGUAGUUAUUUUUCAAUUUGGGUGGGCAGCUGUUCAAAUUGCCCAUCUUGCUCUUAUUCCAGAAAUAGCUCUAAAGGCUAGCCAAAGAGUUGAGUUAAACGCUAUCAGGUCCGGUCUAACAUUUGCCACCGGCAUUUUUGUCUUCGCAUUGGUGUGGUUACUGCUUGGCACCACAGAUGGAGAUGAAGUCAACCAGUCUGUUUCUCAACAGUUUAUGGAACUGGCUUUUAUCGUAACUGGCGUAGGAUUUCUGUUUUCAUUCAUAUUUCAUGUUGGAACCAACGAAGAAAAAAUGAGAGCUGCAAAAGGGAAAGACAUAGCAGAAUCGAUACACCACGACUUGGUAUUUUGGAGCUCACUUUCAUUAACUGCGCCAAUAGUAUACUCCACUGGGAUAGAAAGUGCAGACGGGAUUAGGGGUAGUAUCUCGUACGAAGAGUUAACUGAACCUGGAGAGACAUCGUAUCGAUCGAUUGAAACGGUUGAUUCAACUCCACAUCAUCAAGAUAAAGGGAAAAAUUGGAAGAAAUGGUUAAAAGAUGGUCGCUUGUACAAGACAGGAAUACUAUACAUGUUCACUCGAUUAUCAGUAAAUGUGUUUCAAUCUUAUUUUGCGCUGUACUUGACAGAUGCUCUUCAUUUUAAUAAGGAAGCCAUUGCAUACUUUCCACUCAUUGUCCGAUCAGCUGGCUCAGUUACAAGUUUCUUUUUAAAAUUUAUAACAAAGAAGAUUGGUAGUCAGCUAACAUAUGUAUUGGGUUCAUCAAUGAUAAUCGGUGGAUGCGUCUGGCUUUUUACAGUACCUGAAGAGCAUCGUGAAAGCGUGUAUGGUGCAUCAUGGUUGGUGGGAAGUGGACUGUCAACAAUUUUGGUGACAUCACUAUCAAAAACUGCAGAAUUGAUAGGAGAUGAUAAGAAAUCUGGUGCCUUCGUCUACUCAACCAUGAGUUUUACAGACAAAUUAUCGACCGGAAUAGUGAUUUUCAUAAUCCAAGCGUUAAAACCUGAAAUCACGGAAGGGAAACCAUGUCACGAUUGUGAGUUGUUUUCCAAAAUUGUGCAAACAUGCAUUCCCGGAGGAUGUGCAGUUAUCAGUUUGCUGGCCGUUAUUUUUCUAUUUCCAUCAGAAUUUCAGUGUGUUAGAAAAGUUGAGCGAGGCCAAAGUUCAAGAAGAACUCGUUCUCAACCGAAAGGAGAAUCACCAAGUCGUGUAUGUGAGGAAGAAAGCACAACAGGAAAUGCUGAUGACGUCGAAGAUGAUCAAGAUGCAAAUAGAAACACUGGUCUUGCCAACAAUGCUUUCGAAAAAGAUGAUUAGGAAAAUCUUCUAAUUAUUUAAUUCUGAAUUAAUUUUAUAGUUUAAGGUGUAGCUAGAUUUAUUUUAAAGAAAAUAAUUAACCCGUUUUAAAUUCAAAUAUUGUAAAUCUCAAAGAACUAGGCUUCAUAAACUUAGUCGAACAAAA